GGAGGAAAACAUUAAAGAUAAGUCUCAAUCUGAAUGUUCUUAUGAAGCAAUAACAACAAUUACUAUUAAUAAAAUUAAAGAACUUAUUAAUAAUGACCUACAUAUUACUAUCUGUCAGUUAGUAUAUGAGAUUGAACAGGUUAUAGUUUCUAAACAGCUUUUAAAAAUUCUUGAAAAAGGAUUUGCAAAUAUUAUCACUAAAGAUGAAAUGUAG